UUUUUCGAAGCUUGGUAACGAAUUUAUCGAACAGCAAAUUCCUUAUUUUUGUCGAUGAUUUUCCAGCAAACGUUUUCCUUGAGCUACUUGGGAACACAAGAGUGUUAUAGAGGAUAACUAGAGGAUCAUUUUGAUAUCUCAAUUGCUAUGGUUACACAUAUAGUUUUUCAACAGACGAGCUUCUUGCUCGAGGGUUUUUGGCGAAAUGGCGUCGGUUGGCGAAAUUUGAUAAUUUACUCUAACUUCGCCUUGUAUAGGUUUCUUUAUCCGAUCAUUCUUUUCCUUAAAUUUUGGAUAUUUGGUAAGAUAAAUAAUCUUCCUACAAUCGUAUGUUUUUUGUUUUGAAGAAAAUGGGAUAAUUUAGCGUCAAUCAUGCCGUUCCGCAAGGCAACGAAUUACAAACGAUUCAAUGUUUGGGAAUACAUGCUCAACAAAAGAUUGGCAAGGGAAGGAGAUAUGAGCAAGCAAAAGAAAGCAAAAUGUGUGUCUAAGAAGCUUAAACGUCUUGAUGAUAAGGUAAAGAAAUUGGUGAAUGAAGUAGAAGAGUUAGAUAGCAUCAGGACAGAGUUCAUUGAAGGUGGAAGUAGGCAGGAGGAACAAGAGGAGAAAGGUUUUAGCAUAGGCAGGAAGGCAGUUGUUAGGUGAAGAAACAAACCAACUGGGCAAAGUUGUGUGGAGUAAACUGGUCGAACACGCAGGAUGGAGACAAUGUUGGCGGCUAAUGCCAUUCACGGAGGUAAUAAAGAUGAUACAAAGCCUGGUACCAUUGGAAUGUUGGAGAUAUUAGAAAAAAAGUGCAAAGUGGGUGAUAUAGUAAAAGGAUUAGAAAAGUGCAGUAAGUUUAAGAGCAAGGUUUUUCCAAAAAUUUACAAAGAAGAUUUGAAGGAGUUCGAAAGAUCAGAUGAGAAUAUGUUAAGAUCGAUUGCUGUGUAUUAUAGCAAAGGAGUUAUGGGCAAAGAAAAGUAUAGAAGAGUUUAUAAGGCUAGCUCAUAUGAGCAGAUAUGUGGUAGUAAGAGGGCUAAACGUGUUAGUGUUGCUAAAUGUCCCACCCCUCGGCUGGUUCCCUAUGAUAGAUUAAUGCAAUACAUUAAAUCUAUUGAUAUUGGUAAGUUAUUUAGUGUUCGUGAACAUCUGUGCAAUGGGUUGGAUGAGUGUGAGAAAGUCAAUGGUUUUUACAGAGAUAUAGAAGAUAUUCUUGUUAAGCUUGCAGAAUUUUAUUUGAACAUUGGUAAGUAUAAACUUUUCAACUUUAAUCAGCCAAACUCAUUUCAUGUUGCUAUUGGUGGAGAUGAGGCCCCUUUUGGAAGAGAUGAUUCAGCAUGCUCUUGGCUGGUAAGUUUUCUAUACAUUGGACAUGGCGUGUCGAGCCGCAAUGAAAAUUUCCUGCUCAGUACAGAGAACUGUCUCCCUGUAAUUGCUUAUAGCAAUCAUUCUACAAAAAAACAAUUAUUUAACAAUUGCUUUUUGAUUUGGCAUUUGCUUUUUUUUGUGAUUUGUUACAAAGCAAAGUAAUUUUAUGUACAAGCUGAAUGAAGACAAAGAUUUUUAAAAUUAGUUUUUUGUUUGGUUAAGUUGUAAUAUUGUAAUUGUAUAUAUACAAUGUAACAAAACUAUUUAGUCUUUUAUCACAUUAGGACAAGUAUAAUCUGUGAAAUUUAAUCUUACCAGAAUAUGUACAUGUUAGAGCAUGCAAUCUUUACAUGUGCAUACAAUCAAAUUUGCAUAUAUUAUACUUAUCUGAAUUUUACAUUGACUGAUAUUUGUGUAGUUUAACUAAUUUUUUAAACCUUUGUCAACUUUAAUAAAAACUCGAAGAAGCCAGAGGGUGGUGUCCUCAUUGAAAAA